ACUUUUCCACCACUAAAGAACAUAAAAUUAGUUUGUUUAUAUUUGAACAAAUGGGCGGCACAAAGUGUUGUUUUCGUGAUUGUCCGGUCAGUUCUAGCCGCAACCCCAAUAUGCACUUUUUUAAGUUCCCCGUUAAGGAUCCGAAAAGGUUAAAGGACUGGAUGAGGCACUGUUCAAACCCUGAUGUUUCGAAUGCACCGCCGAGCAAACUGGGAGCCAAAACAGUUUGUGCCCGGCACUUCCGUGUGGAAUGCUUCAUGAACUACAAAAUGGACAGACUCAUUCCCAUGCAGACGCCCACUUUGUUCAGGAUCAACAGGGAUCUGGCACUGGACUUUGCAAAUCUCGACCAGAACGGGGAAGCUCUGCUCGUGAAGCUGACGCCUCCUAAGCAGUCCCACCUAAUACCGCCCAAGGAUUUCGAGUGUCCUCUGGGAUUCGUGGAUGGUGAUACACAGAAUGUAGAGGUUAUUAAGAAACCAAAUAUAGUUGACUUGAGAGAGGAGGAAGAACACCAAAAAGAAAGCGAAGUCGACGAAGUUUCCGGUAAUCUGGAUACGGAACAGGAGCAGUCGUGUGUAAGCAAGGAGAAAUCAGCGGUGGCAACUACGAGCUCUACAACAUCAACAAGCGAUUCGGUUAUGCCUCAAAACAUUAUAGAUAUUAUAAGUCAACUGCAGCCUUCAUUGGGCAUUAAAUUGAUUAAAAGGCCAGUCAAGAGUCAACCAACAAGCGAGAUUGCCUUGCCUCUGCUUGAAGAGCAGCUCCUACAAGAACAGACUGAUGAAUUAAGCAUGAUGCAAACAGUCAUUAAGGAAGCAGAAAAGCAUCGUAAACCGACAAGUUGUAUUAUUGACGUUAUUAAAAUACCAAAGCUUGGCGAUAUAUGUCAAGUAAAGCAAAUCCCCACUAAAAACGAGUACCGGUCAAGUAAGAGGACUGUGGUUAAAAAACGUGGCAUGCAGGAAGGUGAUGCCGAUAAACUGAAUGAAGAGCAAGUUACCGAGGAACAGGCUAAGAAAAAGAAGCUACUCCAAGAAGCACAAAUGGCUGAGAACAGUUUCAUAUUAAACCGAAAUAGACAAAUGCAAGAGAAAUUCUGGGAUGAGCAGAAGCAGACUCAGAAAUUUGAGAAACCCACCCAAUCAACCAAUAUUAAUCCUUGUCCUAGCAAAGAAAAUGUUCAAAGUAGUGAGCCCAUUUCCGAAACCUUAUCUGAACCUUUUCUAAACCUUGAAGAGAACACAUUACUAAGUACUGACAGUGAGGACGAGUCUGCACCAGAUGAAAAACCAUCUUCCUCCGAAGAUGCCCUGCGGGAAAAGCUUCUUCAGGACUAUGAUACCCUACAGGCCGAGUUUGACAAGCUGUCGGAGGAAAAUGCCAAACUGAAACAACGGCAAGCGGAACUCCCAAAGGCUCCAGCUCCCAUCAAACCCGCUGCCAUCUCCAUGAGCAAACCUCAGCUUUACAUGGCCAUAAAGAAAUACGUGGGACCCACGAUGGCCGCCUUGCUGCGCAUGGAAAUGUUUGGCGGCUCUGAGGAUCGCACUUGGAAGGAUGACGAGCAAGAGUUUGCCACAGAGCUACUCCAACUGGGUGAUGAGGUGUACAAGUACUGUUGCGACGAGUGGCGCUUCCGCUUGCCCUCGAUUCGGAUGGCACGCUCCUGGCUGGAAAAAAAGAAAACAGACGAUUCGGAAGAGUUUCUUGACUUAUAGUCUAUUUUGCCAUUAUUGGCUUGGUCAUUUUAAAGCAAAAUAUUACUAAGCAAAUGCAAGUAUUUAUAUGCUUGGUACACUAUAUAAAUACCACAGUUAAGUCAAGUGGCAGAUGAUGGAGUCAUCGGUGGCCGUGGUGACGCAGAUCUCCUGGGUGGAUGCGUCGCAGAAGUAACCAUCCGGGCAGCUUCCCGUCACAUUUGUGGGCGUUGUGGCGCCAAAGCAGAAGGCGAAUGUGGAGCGCGAGGUGCAGGCGAAUGUGUAAUUGGGAGCACACUGGCCACAGCUAUCCGUAUCGCCACAGCUGGCAGGAGUUUCGCUCCUCUGGAAACAGAUCACGGGCUGGUCCGUGCACACCAGGCCAUCUGUGCAGACAAAGGUCUGGUUGGUAUUCGGCUCAGUGCCGCCGAAGCACAAGUUGUAUGCGGUCUGGUUGAUGCAGGAGGCUCCAUUCGUUUGGCACACAUCACAGUCUGCCUGGAUCCAAGCGAUUGGCAAGGCUGCCAAAGCUGUCAAGGCAAUCUGAAAGUAUGUAAGGAAUGUGGUACAAACCCUUCAGUGAUGAACUUUUACAACUCGAAAGCCAACUUUUAAAAUAGAAAACCAACUUUGUUUUAAAACUAAUGUAAGGGUUUUUAAAAAACUUACCAAACCAAGCAAUUUGUACAUCUUCACAACUGUGUGGAGCUUCUGCGAAUGAUCAGACAGCUAAGUGCCAGUCUUAUUUGUACAUUUUGGCAGCCGUGCCGAAUUUUGUUCUAUGGCACCGUAAAAUUUGGGAGCCUUGGGUAAUAAGAAUAGCUGGUUAUCUUUUUAUGGGCGCCAAGCAAACGCUAACUGAGGGUGUGGUCUUAGGCUUAGGCUCUAUAAAGAGAAU